AUGCCCGGCGUACAAGCGGCUGACCCUACGGAAGCGCAGCCAGCCCAGGAAGACGAGAACAAGACCGUCCGGCUCCAUAUCACGCCGCUGAAACCCGACCUGCUCAAAGUCUACCUCGCGCCAUCUGUCCUUGCGCUUGCUAAGAACAUCUCGUAUCACACCGUCGAGACCUUCCCAGAGAGGGGCUACGGCUACGUCGAACUCCCGGAAGCCGAGGCGCAAAAGAUCAAGAAGAAACUCAACGGAACCACGCUGCGAGGCUCCAAAGUACGCAUAGAGAUGGCAAAGCCCGAGAAGCGCAAGGUGCGCGAGGAGGCCGAUGCUGCCAAGGAGCAGGAAGAAGCUGUGCGCCCGCCGAAGCGCGUGAAGAAGGAGAAGGAGAAGCGGAAGCACGAACGUGGCGUCCUGGAGGGUGUUGAGCUUGAGAACGAGAGGAAGGUCAAGCGCGGGUGGACCGAGCCCUCGUCGAAAGGCAAAAAGGAGCGCAAGGAGAAGAAGGAAAAGACCAAAGAUAAGGAUGAAAAGCAUGAGCAGAAGAAGUCAAAGUACACCAAGGAGCCAGAGCUGCUGUUCAAGGCCAAGCUGACGCCUGUCGCUGCCACCGAGGUUGCGCGGAAAGAGAAGAAGAAAGAGAAGAAGGAGAAGAAGGAGAAGAAGUCAAAGGCGCGCGAAGUUGUUGUGCAUGAGUUCGAAAAGAAUACGAAAACGCCGAGCUUCUUGAAGGAAACACAGGUCUCGACCGAGAAGAAGCCAGCGGUUGAGUACGUCAAUGGACAAGGCUGGGUAGACGAGGACGGCAACGUGGUCGAGCCCGAGACUGGCAAAGCGAGAAACAGGAGAGUGUUGGAAUUGGUUGACAAGCCAGCGGAGGAGCCAAAGAAGGCACCAGCGCCCCCAAAGGCUGCUAAGAAGGACAAGAAGAAAGCUACGCCUCCGCCAUCGUCGUCCGAAUCCGAGGCCGACGAUGAUUCUUCCGUCGUCUCGUCAUCUUCAGAGGACGAAUCGUCAGAAUCCGAAGCCGAAGAAUCAGACGCCGAGUCUGCGCCCUCCACACCCGCGCCUAAAGCCGGUAUCAAUGACACGCAUCCGACGACAGAACAGGGUCAACCCAUGGAUAAAGAAGUACAUCCGCUGGAAGCCCUCUUCAAACGUCCCAAGCCUUCACCCGGGUCCCUAAACAUCACGCCCAAGAAGCUGAGUCCCAUCAACACAUCCUUCAAUUUCUUCGGGGGCGAGAACAACGACGAUACUAUGGACGUCGAUGCCCCCGGCCAAAUCGUCGACAACGCACCCACCACCCCCUUCACCGAACGCGACCUCGAAUGGCGCGGCCUCCGCAGCGCAGCACCAACCCCUGACACCGCCGCCAUCGGCCGCCGCUUCUCUUUCGACUGGCGCAAGGGCAGUCAAGAAGCGGAUGACGAAGACGACGAAGAAAUCGACGAAGAAGUCGCCCAGCAACUAUCCCAAAACACAAAGGCAAAUGCUAGUAAGCAGUUGCCCGACGUCGCGGAAGAAAACGAAGAGGAAGUCGACGCCACCGAGGAGGCCAAGGACGAAAAGCCCGAAUCUGAGUUCCGCAAGUGGUUCUGGGAGAACCGUGGUGAUUUGAAUCGGGCGUGGAAGAAGAGGAGGAGGGAUGCGUUGAAAGUCAAGAGACAUUCGGAGAAUAAGAGGUUGAUGCCGCAGAGGGGCGUGAGGUAA